AUGGCUCUUUUUGCCCAUCUCUGCGAGGGUUUCGCCGAGGUGUAUCCCAACACGGCGCUCUUCCGCCACUACUUCUUUCCUCGGAGCCAAAAGGAGGGCUCCAUUUCCAGUUGUGUCGCCUGGAUCCCAAGGAGCCAGGAGUUCUUCGACAACCUGUCGAAGAAGUCCGUCCAUGCCGAGCCAUUGCUCAUCCAGGACACCAGCCAAGUGGAGUUGGACGACAUUGCCGCCAGGGCGGCGGAGGCGGAGCUUGCCAAGGAGGCUGGCAGCGCCAACCACGUGGAGGACGAGGCCAAGGCUGCCGCGGAGGAGAAGGAGCUUGCCGGGUGGGAGGAGUUCGCUGGGGAGGCCAGCAGCACCGACACGGGGGGCCCUCUCAUUGAAGACGUGGUCGAUGAGUCGACUGAGGAGGAGGCCGAGGCCGACGACCCUCCGAAUCCUUCCCCGGCGGACCCGGAGGACGUUGACACCGUCAUCGAGGAGGUUGCCAGGGACGCCGCGGCCGAGGCCAACAAGAUCGCUGCCGAGGAGGCCGCCAAGACUGCCGCUGAAGAGGACGCCAAGGGGUCUGCUGAAGAGGCCGGCAAGGCCGCUACCAACGAGACCGGCAAGAAGCUCCAGGCGCUUCACCGCGCCCGCCUAGACAAGGCCAAGUCCAGGAUGGCGGUGGUGGACAAGGCGGAGGUGGUCCUCAAGGAGCGCGUCGCCGAGACGCAGACCGACAUCGAGAAGGCCCAGGAGCUGGCGAGGGAGCAGGUUGCGAAGGAUGAGGCCACUCGGCACCAGCACCAGGCUGAGCUAAACUCCCAGGAGGAGGAUCUUGCCGCUCGUGAGGAGAUGCUCGCCACAACACUUCGCGGCAAGGAUGAGGAGCUCUCCAAGGCUAACGACUCCAUUAAAGACCUGAAGCUAAAGCUGGAGGGUCUUGAGGAGAUGCUUUCGGGGGUCAGGGCCCGGGAGGAGACCCUGACCAAAGAUCUGUAG